CUCCAGCUCCAGAAUUAGGGUUUACUAUUUUGCGACUUCUUGGUGAGCGAGUGUUGUAGCUUACGAGCAAUUUUUCCAGAAACGAUUUGUGUUCUUUCCUAUCAAUCUCCUUUGAUUACACACAAGUAAAUCGAAAACAAAUUGGUUGUUAUUUGUUGUACUGCUGAAUUUGAAUUCUCUUGAUUCAUUCGAGUCUAUUUUUAGAGGAAAAAAAUUUGGGUUUGUUGAUGGAAGAAUGUAGGAAGUUGAAUGAUAAUGGUGGAUAUGGGGAGGAGGAAUCUGGAUUUGGAUUUGGAUUGGAUGCCGAUUUUAAAAUAGAGAGGUGUCGUUUUGACGCAUGUAAGGAGAGGCUGAGGAGUUGUUUUGAUCAUGUAUUGACUGCCUUUACAAGGCAGAAAUCUGCAGGCAAAUGCAUAAGGCCUAUUCCAGCAUUGUGUGGUGAUGGGAGACCAGUUGAUUUGUUUAAGCUUUUUUGGAUAGUUAGGAAAGUAGGUGGGCAUGGCUCUGUUUCUAGGAAUAAUUUGUGGGGCAUUGUUUCGGAGGAAUGUGGAUUAGGUUUUGCUAUGAGGUCGUUCGUUAAGCUGGUUUAUAUGAAGUAUUUGAAGGAAUUGGAUCAAUGGCUGCAACGAGUGUUCGACACGAGCAUUUUGGAGGAUGAGUUGAUUGGAGUGGUUCAUACAUUGGAUAUGUUGUAUUGGGAGUUAGAGAAUGGGAUUGGAGGGUUGUUGAUGGCCGAGCAAGGGAAUGGUAGUGAGUUUUCGGAAUGUGCUACAAACACUAUUCCGGAUAUUAUUGAGUUAUCUUCUGAUGGAGGCAUUUGCAAAUCGAAAAAUGAGAAAUCGUGCAAUGUUCUUGAUAAAAAUGAUGUUCGUGUACUAGCCGAAGAAGCUGCUGUGGAAUUCAAUAGUAAAGCAAGUGAAGAGAGAUUGAGUGAUAUUGGGAAUGUUUUGGGCUCUCGGAAGAGAAAACAACAAUCUCGUUCGUUUCCAAGAAUGCUAGAAUGGUUGACACAUAUUGCAAAACAUUCGGAUGAUCCUUCGAUUGGGUUCGUGCCUGAAAGCUCAAAGUGGACUGACUACAGGUCGGAGGAGUUAUGGAAGCAAACUCUGGCGGUUAGAGGAGCCCUGCUGAUAAGAAGGCAUCACAAUGCAAAUGCAGGACAAUCUUCCAUUAUGGAUCAACCAAAGAAGCCUCGGAUGCAUCCUUCAAUGUAUGAGGAUAAUGUUUGCAACUCCCAAAUUAAAGAGAAGCAAAGAUACAGCACGAGGAUAACUUCAUCGACAAUUAGGCUAUGUGGGUGUUGCAAUUCACAGUCACCCCAUCAAAGUAAAAGCGAUAUUUGCCAAGAGAAAAAGAUAGAAAACGACAUAAAAGCUCCAGUAAAUCCAGUUGUUACAGAAACGAAGGAGCCAGCUGCAUCUUUCAACGAUCACGAAUCCUUGGAUGUGGUUGCGGAGAAGCAAGUUUCUAUAGGUCCACUUUUUCAAGCAGAAAUUCCUGAAUGGACUGACGAGCAUUCCGAGAGUGAUCCCAAGUGGCUAGGAAGGAAAACAUGGCAGGCAGAAGAGGACAACAGCAGCUCCCUGGAUUUAAUUGGGAAGGGAAGAUCUCAUCAUCCUUGCUGCAGCUGUUCGGUUCCAAAUUCUGUCAACUGUGUUCGGUUUCAUAUUGCCGAGAAAAGGUUGAAGCUAAAGCAAGAACUCGGCCCUCUGUUUCAUCGAUGGGGAUUCAAUCGGAUGGGAGAGGAGGUCUCGCUUUCUUGGACAGAGGACGAGGAAAAUGCAUUCAAGGAUAUGAUGAAAUCGAUCUCCCCUCUUCAUAACAAGUUCUUUAACAAAGCUUUUCGAUACUUACCUUCCAAGACAAAGCGGGAGCUGGUUAGCUAUUACUUCAACGUGUACGUUGUCCAGCGCAGGAGCUAUCAAAAUCGGGUAACUCCAAAAGACAUCGACAGUGAUGAUGACGAAAAGGAGUGUGGGUCGAUAGGCGGCAGGUUUGGGUAUCAAGCACUCUACAUACCUGGCUCGGGAUCAAUCUCCUGCAGCCUGAAUAAGCAGUCCUCCGAUUUUCGGUAAGCCUGUUUGCAAUUAGGAUUGUUUUUUGGUUGGCAAUACAUACAAUGCUGAUUGCAUUCUUCGGAUGUUCUUGUUGUGUUCAUUCUCUUACAAAUUGCAAAGCUAUUAAUCAGCUAUAAAUAGCAUUACCUGAGAUUGAAGAACUUGUAUUGUUGUAUUGUGGAUGUUGUAAAAUUCGACUCUUCUCGGAAGGUAGUGAUUGGCUUCAUAUUUGUGUGCUUGUUG